CAUCACACAGAAAGUGAACAAACGCUGUGUAGUACUAUUGAAAACAGGAAGUUAGCGUGAAACUGUGUUAGCGGAAGUAGUUCUCUACGGCCCGAAAAGAAAACAAACAGGGAACGCUCCCAGCGGGACUUGAUCACAAGAGAAGGAUGGCUUCAUGUAGUACAAACAAAGAGGAUGAGCGUAAGCUGCGGGAGUGCGAGGUCUAUGUUCAAAAGCACAACAUUCAGCGGGUGCUGAAAGACUGCAUUGUCCAGCUGUGCACAGCCCAGCCCGAACGACCCAUGGCGUUCCUCAAGGACCUCUUUGAAAAACUGGCGAAGGAGGAGGUCCAGCAGAUGGUGUUACAGCAGAAGUCCACGGACUCGCGUGAAGAUGAAGUUUCACCACCUAUGAAUCCUGUGGUGAGGGGCAGGAGCAGAAGGGGCGCUAUCAGUGCUGAGGUGUACACAGAGGAAGACGCUGCCUCUUAUGUCAGAAAGGUUAUUCCAAAAGACUACAAGACGAUGGCAGCUCUGGGCAAAGCCAUGGAAAAAAACAUCCUAUUUGCCCACUUAGACAGCAACGAGAGAAGUGACAUAUUUGAUGCCAUGUUUUCUGUCAACUACAUUGCUGGAGAAACAGUCAUCAUUCAAGGUGAUGAGGGAGACAACUUCUAUGUUAUCGACUUGGGAGAAAUGGAUGUAUAUGUGAACAACGAGUGGGUCACCAGCAUUGGUGAAGGUGGAAGUUUUGGGGAGCUUGCUCUGAUCUAUGGGACCCCACGGGCAGCUACUGUUCGCGCGAGGUCUGAUGUCAAGUUGUGGGGCAUUGACAGAGACAGUUACAGGAGAAUACUUAUGGGAAGCACUUUAAGGAAACGGAAGAUGUAUGAGGAGUUCCUGAGCAAAGUUUCUAUUUUAGAGUCUUUGGACAAAUGGGAGCGCCUGACUGUGGCCGAUGCCUUAGAGACGGUGCAGUUUGAGGAUGACCAGAAAAUUGUUGUGCAAGGAGAGCCCGGUGAUGAGUUUUUCAUCAUCUUGGAGGGGACAGCAGCAGUGCUGCAAAGGCGGUCCGAGGAUCAGGAGUUUGUGGAAGUUGGCAAACUUGGACCAUCAGAUUACUUUGGAGAGAUUGCCCUACUGAUGAACCGGCCUCGUGCCGCCACUGUUGUUGCAUGUGGCCCCCUCAAGUGUGUCAAAUUGGAUCGGCCACGGUUUGAGAGAGUCCUCGGCCCCUGCUCCGACAUCCUAAAGAGAAACAUACAGCAGUACAACAGCUUUGUUUCCCUCUCUGUCUGAAUGGCUUUCCUCUAGUUUCAGAUCCACCGACACAGGUUCGGUUUAUUUUGUAUUCUAUCCCUCUCUCCUCUUUUUUGUCUUUUUUUUCAGAGUGCACUUUGAAUACCUUUCAGAGCUUUGAAGUAGUUGCUGUGAAUUACUAUUUUUGAUAUGGCAUAGGGUGGAAUCCUCAUAUCUCCAAAAAUAGCUCUUUUAAGGAAUUAUCAAAAUAAAGACGGCAUGUUUGUAAAAAUCCACUAGGGUGCUGAUAGAGUUGUGAAAAAAAUAUUAAAUUGACAACAUUUGGCCAUUGGCGGUUUCUGCCCGACCUGCACAUACACAUGCACUCAUAUAUCGACACAACACACUUAACAGACCAGAUUUUUCGGAUUUUUAAAUCACCCGGAGCAUAAGUCGCACCAGUCAAAAAAUAUGUCAUGAAGAAGAAAAAAAACAUAAGUCGCUCCGAAAUAGAAGGAGCAUUUUAGGGGGGGAUUUGUUUGUUUAAAAAAAAAAAAAAAAGACCAAAAACAGGUGAACUGUAACUUCCACCCAAAAUCCCUGUACCCUAGUUAUGGGUGCAUUUGGAAAUAUACUCUGGAGUGAUGUUUGGUCAUUCAGAGUGCCCCAAUAAGGGAGUGUCUGAGCCCAGCAUAUCAGGCAGUAUAAGGAAAUGAAACAGUUCAAGCACGAGCUGCUGAUUGCUUUAUAACAUGGACUGCGUUCAGAAAUUAAUGGGAGGGGAACGACUCAGCCUCUCAUAACACACGCACUCUCAGAGUCUUGUUAGGGCGUCAGAGUGAAUUUCCGGAUCCACCCGUAUUGAUGGUCAAAAACUUAGAAACAUGGCAAAGUUUUUCUUUUUAGUUUAACAUGGCUGACCUCAACAAGAAUCCAGAGUCACAUUGUGGCCAAAAGUAGAAGCCUGUUCAGUUAUUAUGCCUUUUAGUGUUGUAAAUCCUUGCUGUGGCAUUGGGAAACACUGAACGAGCUAUAUGUCACACAUUUGUUGCCAUGACUACUCUUCUUCAGCUUCCUUCUCUUCUUCGACACUCUUUUGGUGCUUGGCAUAUACUGUUAGUGCAUUACCAUCACGUUUUUCAGCACGCUAUAAAGAAAGGUGGUCACCGGCAGUCAUCUAUGAUUACUUCGACGAUGACGACGACUACUACUAUUCCUACUACCUCUCCUUCUUUCUUCUGUUUCUCAUUUUUAUUUAUUUUUAUUCAUUUACUGUCUUUUGGUAGUUGGCAAAUACUUUGAGUGCAUUACCGCCAAUGAAAAGAAGGUGCUGGUAAUGCACAGAAAGUGAACAUGAUGAGGGAACGGGAAUUUUGGGUGCCAGUCCGAGCUCAAAUUUUAAUAUAUACAAGUUGUCCUUCAAACAUAAGGAUAUAAAGUUAGAAAUUUAGAUUUUUUUUUUUUUGGGUGAAGAAGCAACACCAAAAUGGACACAGUUAUGAAGUGGAAUGAAAUUCAUGGGAUAUUUGAAACUUUCUU